AUGUCGAACAUCACCUUAAAGGUCAGGAAGGCAGUACCUUCAAUUGAUCCCAUUGUUGCUGACUAUGCAGUUGGAUAUAUCCAGCAUGUUACAAAUGCUACAGAAGAUUCUGUGUCUGCACAACAACUUGAUGUGCCAAAGGAACUUUCUUUCAUUGAAGCUCUCCUUAUUGACGCCGGAGGUGUCCAAACUCAAGUUCAUUCCUUGACCAGUGCCAUUACAGAACAACUUAGCAAUAAAUUGAAGGAGAACAUGGCGAAGUUGGAGGUUUCUGGAGAUCGUGCGAAGAGACUUUUGGAUGUUAAUGUCUUGAGACAAAACAACAGCAAGAGAGACAUUAAUUCAUCUUUAGACAUGCUUGGGUCUUCUCGUGACAUUUCGCAUGCUGGAAGACAAGUUGAAAGUAGAGUUGACAAAAAGAAAUUGGAGAAGCAGGAGAGAAAGAUCGCAAAGAAGGUUGCUAAGAGAAAUAAUCAGUUUGUGAAAUACGAGGCUUCUAAAUUAUUGAGCGAGAAGAAAAGUGAAGAUUACGACUCAUUCUACUUGGAAAUUAACCCUCUUGAUUUCGGCUCUAGUGCAGGUAAGUCGAAAGAUAUCAAGAUCGAGAAUUUUGAUUUAUAUGUUGGUGACGGUCAGCGAAUCCUUAGUGAUGCUGGGUUAACAUUGGCUCAUGGAAGAAGAUACGGUUUGGUUGGUCAGAAUGGUAUUGGUAAAUCUACUUUAUUGAGAGCCUUAUCAAGAAGAGAAUUGAACAUCCCCAAGCACAUCACCAUUUUGCACGUUGAGCAGGAACUCAGAGGAGAUGAUACCCCUGCAUUGCAAGCUGUCUUGGAUGCAGAUGUAUGGCGUAAAACUUUGAUUCAAGAAGAACAGAAAAUCACUGAGAGAGCUGAAGAAAUUGAUGCUUUGAGAAAGGAGUUUGAAGAAGGCUCUAAUGAAGUGCUUAAAUUGGAUAAUGAGAGGGCCGACUUGGACAAACAUUUGCAAGAAAUCAGUGAAAAAUUAUACGAAAUGGAGUCUGAUAAGGCAGAAAGUCGAGCUGCCUCUAUUUUGUUCGGACUUGGUUUCUCGCAAGAAUCACAAUCGAUGCCAACCAACUCCUUUUCUGGUGGUUGGAGAAUGAGAUUAUCCUUGGCCCGUGCCUUGUUCUGCGAGCCCGACUUAUUAUUGCUUGAUGAGCCUUCUAAUAUGUUGGAUGUUCCUUCCAUUACGUAUCUUGCAAAAUACUUACAAACUUAUGAGGGAACUGUUUUGGUUGUUUCGCACGAUCGUUCAUUCUUGAACGAAGUUGCAACUGAUAUCAUCCAUCAACACUCUGAGCGUUUGGACUACUACAGAGGUUCCAACUUUGAUUCCUUCUAUGCCACAAGAGAAGAAAGAAUCAAAAACCAACGUCGUGAGUAUGAAAACCAGAUGGCAUACAGACAGCAUUUGCAAGCAUUUAUUGACAAGUUCAGAUAUAAUGCUGCUAAGUCCUCGGAAGCUCAAUCUCGUAUCAAAAAGUUGGAAAAGUUGCCUGUCUUGGAACCUCCUGAAGAUGAUAAGGUGAUCACAUUCAACUUUCCUGAUCCAGAUGGUCUUUCCCCUCCAAUUUUGCAGAUGCAUGAUGUCACAUUCGGUUAUUCUCCGGAUAAGAUCAUUCUCAAAAAUGCAGAACUUGAUGUGCAGAUGGAUUCUCGUAUUGCUUUCUGCGGUGGUAAUGGUACUGGUAAAACCACCUUGUUGAAGUUGUUGUUAGGUCAAUUGUCUCCCCUUGAGGGUCAUAUUUCAAAGAAUGGAAGGUUAAGAAUUGGGUAUUUUGCCCAGCAUCACGUGGAUGCAAUGGACUUGAACCUUUCAGCUGUUUCUUGGAUGGCGCAAGCAUUCCCUGGUAAAUCUGACGAGGAAUACAGACGCCACUUGGGAUCCUUUGGUAUAACUGGAUCCCUUGGUUUGCAGAAGAUGCAAUUGUUGUCUGGUGGUCAGAAGUCGAGAGUUGCUUUUGCGGCACUUUGUUUGAACCAACCACAUAUCCUCAUUCUAGAUGAGCCUUCUAACCACUUGGAUACUCAAGGUUUAGAUGCACUCGCCGAUGCAUUGAUCAACUUCAAGGGUGGAGUUUUAAUGGUUUCGCAUGAUGUUUCAACAAUUGAGCGGGUUUGCAAUGAGAUUUGGGUUAGCGAGAACUCGACGGUGCAACGUUUCCCAGGAAAUAUUCACGACUACAAGAAGCAUAUAUUGAAGCAGGCUGAUGCUUCUGGUGUGGUAAGAAAACAUUAA